AUGGAACCAGAGCCGUCCCUUACCGCUCUCCUUGAGGCUGUCACAGCCCUCACAGCCACAGUUGGGUCCCUGCAGGACCAAAUUUGCAACCAAGGCCAACAGCUUAUUGAACUCAAGGCCAUAUGCAAGGAGACCGCCAACUUACUCGGCAACAAGGAUCAAGGAGCUCCCCCCGUCCAAACCCAGCCUGGCCCAUUGACUGGGCCUGUUACUCCCCCUACCCACACAAGGGGAGAAACCCUCACUCCAGGAACAAUUAGGCCUGGACUCAAGGCCCCCUUCCGCCCAUCCAGGGGCACGGGCUUUGACUCAGAAGAAGAGGAAGAACCCAGGCGAUCCCCCAAAAAAGAGCCUUGCAAUACACCUAAACGGAGCCUCAGCUCCCUCACCCCAUUCGAUUCAGGGUCCAGCGUAAAGCGGCCCAAAAUGGAACUUCCAGAUCCCUACAAAGGAGAUUCCAGGGGAAGAAAGGCAACCCAGUGGUUGGACCAAAUGCUGCUGUGGGUUGCACUUCAUCAAGACCAAUUCAAUGAAGAAGAACAAAUGGUCGUGUGGAUCCUGUACCACAUGACAGACAAGGCAGCUGACUGGGCACUUCCCCUCAUUGGGGCUAUUAUCAAGGGCAAGGGCAAUCCCCCAACCACCAUCCCGGCCUUAACAGCCAAAUUCAAAGAAGCCUUUGCCAAUCCAGACGCAAAGAGGGCAGCCGCCAGAAAGAUUGCCGCGCUUACUCAGACAACCACUACGUCUGAGUAUGUCACUGAGUUCCGCAACCUCAUGGCGGAACUUGACUGGAACACUGAGGCGUACAUUGCCCAGUUUACGCGCGGUCUUCACUGGAAGGUGAAGGAACUCCUGUCCACUAAGGACAAUAUCCUGGAUGACAAUCUUGAGGCUAUAUUUGCUGCCUCAAUCAAAAUUGACAAUACUUGUUGGGAAAACGAGGAGAACCGUCCCAAGAAGCUUCCUGCCAAGUCCCCGGCCACCGUGGCCACUACCUCCACUACCACCACACAACGGGUCCGCCUAUCUGAGGACCCCAAUUACGUCACCCCGGAGGAAAGAGAUUGCCGCCGCACAUCUGGCCUUUGUGUCAAGUGCGGUCAGAAGGGGCAUGGGAUUAAACAAUGCCCUAAUGGAUGGAAGGCCACCCCCAAGGAGACCGCUAAGGUAGCCCAGGAUGAGUUGGAAAAAGAAUAA